CCUACCAAGACAGAAAAUAAAUGUCAUUUUGGCAUAGCUUCAGACUUCGGAUAAAAAAAACAUAACCUCACUCAUUCUCACGUGUGACAUACCGUACCAAAAACGUAUAACAACAAGAUAAAUAUUAAUAAAACUCAUCCAAUUUUUUCUGAAGAUUUACUCCCAUGUCGGCAUUAAAAGACCAGCAUAGUUAAUCUCACUUCAAAUACUAUGUUUAUACUAGUUCAAAGUUGAACUACACUUGCAAAAGAUAUUGACGCAUUGAUUAGAUAAAUAUGUUCGGUACGCGAAGUACUAUAACAAGAUUCCUUCCUGUGGUUUGCAGGUCAUUUACUAGUUUGAAUACUUCUGUUGUUGUGAGCACACACAGAAUAAAUCAAAAAACAUGUGUGCCAAAUCCAAAUUUACCUCAAAUAGAUGUAUACAGAUACUACAGCAGCAAAAAGAAUGCAAAAGCAAAACACAAACCUACAGUGAAGAUAGAUGAAAGACUAAUGGGUCAAGUGGUAGAUGUUGAAAAUAUCAAAAAGAAUAUGGAAAAAGCAGUAGAGAACCUACAAAAGGAUUUUGUUGCACAUUUAUCUCUCAGGUCAACUACAGGUUCUGUUGAACAAUUACCCAUUCACCUAGAUGGUAAAGAACAUACAUUGCAAGAACUGGCCCAGAUUGUCAGAAAAAAUCCAAAAACACUUGUCAUCAAUAUGUCCACAUUCCCACAAGCAAUUCCUGCAGCACUGAAAGCUAUUGAAAAAUCUGGGAUGAAUUUAAAUGUACAGCAAGAUGGAACUACUCUUUUUGUACCAAUUCCAAAGGUGACUAAAGAGUACAGAGAAUCUCUAGCAAAAGCAGCCAAACAGUUGUUUGUGAAAUGUAAGGAUGCCAUAAGGGAUGUUCAAAUUAAACAAGUGAAGCAGAUUAAAAAGAAGGAAGGAGUAUCUGAAGAUUUAGUCAGGACUGUGGAAAAUCAGAUUAUAGCAUUAGCUGAUACUUAUAUUGAGAAAGCAGAAACAAUUCUAAAAACUAAACAAAAUGAGCUACUGGGAAAGGAUGAAUAAUUAGCAUUUAGUGAAUAUUAUAGUUUAUGAAAGUGACUAGAUCAAGUGUUUUUGUAAAAUAAAGAUGAGACUGAUUCCAUCUAUUGUACCUUUCUUCUGAUUAUGAAUGAAAAAGUAUUUUGGAGUAUUCCGAAAAAAUAAAAAACCUCAAAACAUAUCAAUGAACUCAACAUAAUACUUUUGCAUAUGCUCUG